UGCAACGUGAGAUUCCUCAGAACAAAACAAGACCAAAAGAUAAUUUCAACAAAAGAUGUGAACGAGGACAAGUGUGUGUAUAAAAGGAGCUGCCCAGCCCAGGUCAGCAGGCGCAGAAACUGCACAGAGGCUCAGUGAAAACAUGGCAGCGAUGACGGGCUCCGCUGUGCUGCUGCUCCUGGCCGUCGCAGUUUCAGAGGUCUUACCGGCGAGGAUCAUCGGGGGUCAGGAGGUGGUGCCGUACUCUGUCAAAUACCAGGCGUCCCUGCAGUAUAAAGGGAGCCAUUACUGCGGGGGGACGUUAGUGCACCCCCAGUGGGUGGUGUCUGCUGCCCACUGCUGGCGGCCGAGUGGGCUGAUUCAGGUGGUUCUGAGUGAACACGACCUGACUGCAGUGGAAGGAUUUGAGCAGGUCUUCAACGUCUCACUGAUUAGUCUCCACGGCUUUAACUACCGGACUUUCGACAACGACAUCAUGCUCCUCCAGCUGAGCCAGCCAGCGGUGCUGAACAGUUACGUACAGCAGGCGGUGCUGCCGGACCCCUCGGACCCCCUCCCAGCCUCGGGCAGCUCGUGCACAGUGAGCGGCUGGGGGGUGACGCAGAUCUACAGCUACUACCUGUCUCCGGUGCUGCGCUCUGUGGACGUGCAAAUGAUCCACUACUGCAGCUACUACUACUGGGGGAGGGUCAGCAGCAACAUGCUGUGUGCCGGCUCUCCGUUCGGGGGCAAGGACUCCUGCCAGGGGGACUCCGGGGGGCCUCUGAUCUGCGACGGGAAGCUGGAGGGCAUCGUGUCCUGGGGAAUCAGCUGCGCCAACCCCUACUACCCCGGGGUCUACACCAAAGUGAGGAACUACGGGGGCUGGAUCCAGCGGGUCAUCGCUGCGUACUCCCCAUGAAGCGGCGCUCCACCCUGCAGACACCAGGCUCCACUCUGAAGACAGUGACACGGUUCCUGACGUCCUGAGGGUUUAUAUCUGAGUCACUGCUCGAUGUGGAGCUCAGAGCCGUGGGGAUCUGUAGAUGUUUGGGUCUAUAUUUAUGACACUUAACGAUCUCCCUUCAGUGCUCUGAUGGAGAAAGGAGGUGGAGAAACAGCGGGCGGAGUUUUAUUUUGGCCGAUAAAUUGUUUGUGUUUUCAUAAUUCAGAUAUCAAUUCCAUAAUAAUGAGACCCACGGUAUUUCAUUAUUUUAUUGACUUGUGUUCGUGCAUUUUAAUGAGAUUCAUGAACAGAGUAAAGAAAUAUUUAAAUGACUAAAUACUCAU